AGCUCUCUUUCUUUUCCUGCACAGGUUUCCACUUGAGUGGCACAGUGACAGAGCCUGCAAUGCAAUCGGAGCCAGAAACUGUUUGCAAUGUAGCUAUCAGCUUUGAUCGUUGCAAGAUUACCUCAGUGACCUGUAGCUGUGGAAACAAGGACAUAUUUUAUUGUGCCCAUGUUGUGGCACUUUCUUUAUACCGGAUCCGCAAGCCAGAUCAGGUCAAACUGCAUCUUCCCAUUUCAGAGACACUCUUUCAAAUGAACAGAGACCAACUACAAAAAUUUGUACAGUAUUUGAUCACAGUGCACCAUACAGAAGUUUUGCCAACUGCUCAAAAGUUAGCUGAUGAAAUUCUUUCUCAGAAUUCAGAAAUCAAUCAAGUCCAUGGUGCUCCUGACCCAACAGCAGGUGCUAGCAUAGAUGAUGAAAACUGCUGGCAUUUGGAUGAGGAACAGGUCCAAGAACAAGUUAAACUCUUCCUCUCACAGGGUGGAUACCAUGGAUCAGGGAAGCAGCUCAAUUUGCUUUUUGCAAAGGUGCGAGAGAUGCUUAAGAUGAGAGAUUCAAAUGGAGCUCGCAUGUUGACGUUGAUAACGGAGCAGUUCAUGGCUGACCCUCGUUUGGCACUUUGGAGACAACAAGGAACUACAAUGACUGACAAGUAUAGGCAGCUCUGGGAUGAACUGGGUGCUCUGUGGAUGUGUAUAGUCUUAAAUCCCCAUUGCAAGUUGGAACAGAAGACCAGUUGGCUCAAACAGCUGAAAAAAUGGAACUGUGUGGAUGUUUGUCCAUGGGAAGAUGGAAACCAUGGAAAUGAGCUGCCCAAUUUAACCAAUGCUUUGCCUCAGGGUGCAAAUGCUAACCAAGGUAAGCCUAAACAUAUACACUGACUGCAAUAUAUAGUA